UAUAUGAGAUGGGACCUGUCUCUUAUUGCAGGCUGCAAGAGCUCAUAGCUGAUAUUCUUUCUGAUAUUAAUGCCUCCUGAAGUUGAGAGUAUAGAAGGUAACAAAGCGUGUGCUAAAGUCAAAACUGCAGAGAUACUAAAAACUGAAGACAUUGGUAAAUCUCAAGGGGGACCAAAAGUUUAUAUGAAAAACAGAUUCUAGUUAUAGGAAAUUGUUUACAGUUGCUUCAUUAAGAAUUACACAUUACAUCCUAAUUAAAGUCUGGAAAGGCAGGAAUAUAAUUUACAUAAAAGUUGAAAAGGACAAUCAUACACAAGGCUUAACAAAAUAAAACAACUGCAAUUGAUGGGAGGGACUGAAAUCAAAGCUGGUCACUUCCAUUUGGAUGACUGGAUGGUUUCAUUACUUCUGUGAAGGUGCUGGUAGGAACCAGCGGAUUGCUAAUAUUGAAUAUUGAAUUGAAAGGAUCUUCAUUAUUCCAGUGGAUAGAUAAUUUUGAACAAUACAAACCUCCUGAAACUGACUGCUGUACCAGUCCUUGGAAGUGAAUUAUGGAGGUCUACAAUGAACUUGUGGACCAGAUGACCAACACAACAACAGAAAAUAACACCUAUGGGCACUGGAAUCUGUUCUCCACAGCUUCCUCCAUGGAACUCGGGGUGAUUUCUAAUGGACAGUCCAGAAUCAGAGAUCUAAUUGGAAUUUUUUUCAUGGUGUUGCUUAGCAUCGUUGCACUGCUGGCCAACACAGCUGUGAUUGUGGUCAUCAUCAAAUCUCCACAGCUGAGGAAGUUUGUUUUCGUAUUCCAUCUGUGUGUGGUGGACCUUCUCUCUGCCAUCUUCUUGAUGCCUCUGGUAAUUGUUUCCAGCUCCCAUUUUUUUGGCACAGUGAUGUUUAGCCUGUUGGAAUGCCAGGUUUUCAUUUUCCUAAACGUUUGCUUGAUUUGUGCAUCUAUUCUCACCAUCACGGCCAUCAGCAUUGAACGGUAUUACUACAUAGUCUAUCCCAUGAGGUACGAGGUUAAAAUGACAGCUCGCCUAGCCGUAGCCGUUGUGGUUUUUAUAUGGAUCAAGUCAAUUUUACUGGCCUCCAUUCCACUGUUGACCUGGCCCACUUAUGGAAUUCAAGGCCCAACCAAUGCUACCAAUUGCUCUUUAUACUGGAGCCCCAGUGACUACAAAAAGGCCUUUGUCAUCAUUUUCAGCAUCCUUUGUUUUUUCCUACCAACUAUUAUCAUCUUCAUUGUCUACUGCAGUGUUUAUAAGGUGGCAAGGAUUGCAGCCUUGCAGCAAAGGCCUGUCCCUUCAUGUGUUAACAGUUCAAAGAGGCGCUCAGACUCAAUUAACAGCCAAACAACCAUCAUCACCACGAGGAAUCUUCCUCAAAGACUGUCUGCUGAGAACGUCUUUGGGGGAAGCAAAGCUGCUUUUACUUUGAUUAUUAUUGUAGGCCAAUUUCUGCUCUGCUGGUUGCCUUUCUUUUCCUUUCAUCUCCAUUUGUCAGUCAAUGAGGCUGUCAAAAGCCCUGGAGAUGUAGAGACCAUAGUUACCUGGCUUGCCUACUCCUCAUUUGCUAUUAACCCUUUCUUCUAUGGACUCCUGAACCGCCAGAUAAGAGAGGAACUCUGUAAGCUCAAAAGGUGUUACAUGACCAGGACUACAGAGUUGGGCCUUUCAAGCCAAGAAGGUUCCAUCCAGGAGAACUUCCUGCAGUUCUUACAAAGAACCAGCUGCACAGUGGAAACCAGGUCAAGCUGCAUCAAUUCUAGCCCCAGAAACACUCUGGACCGAACUGUGCCAGGUUUCAGAAUCCCGGGUCAAAUCCCAGAAUAAUGUAUAAAAAAUGUAAAGUAUGUACACAUACUAAGACCAAUAACUGGCUGUUGAUUCUGGACUUAGAGGUAGGUUACAGGUUCAAAUAAGGUAUUUAUUAUUUCUUUCAAAAAGCAUAACAAUAUUACUGUUGUGUGAGAUGUUCAAAUGACCUAAGACAGCAGCCAGUGUGAGCACUGUAUAUAAAACAGAAGAACGCCUUUGUUCAUUUUUUUUACACUAGAAGAAUAGUGGAUACUGAACAAAGAAUUCCUUUGUUACAUUGGUUUACUGC